AUGGCUCGCCGGCGUCCAGUUUCCAAAUUUAUUAUCCUUGCUCUCACAACUCUGAUCGCCUACCUAUCGAUCAGCAGCAUUCUCCGCGCCGUCAAACCCUCAUUAUUCGUCUGGUCCGAAGAAGAUUUGGAAGAAGCAGAAUGGUUGGCCUCGUCGAAGUCUUGGUGGGAUCGCAAGUUCUGUCGCUUCUUUGGUCUCUGCGGUAUCGCCCACGUCCGUCUGUCCCGCGCCAACAGCGGACCUCCCAGUAGGACAUUGGAUCAAUUUCCAAUCGGCGGUCAAGAUGAUAGUUGGCGGUCGGAUUGGACCCUCGCAGAAGAUCUUUCGGCAAAUUGGACAAACAGAGAGAAGGUGCUCCGUGAAGUGCCGGAGUAUGUACUAGAGUAUGCGCCUCUGGUGCAUCUAUUCUCUGGUGAGAACUUUUGGCCUGGUGACAUUGCGGAGCAUCUGGUAUACACGACACCCAUGUUAAACUAUACGCCUGUACAAGCAAAAUGGGAACAUCCAACCCUGCAAGAUCUGGAUCGCCUAAACCGAUGGGAGCUGGGCAAGCACGUUUACCUCACCAGUGACGACGACGUGGAAAACCGACCGGAAUGGCUAGGAGGUGAGAGAAAUAUUCCCGUGCCUCAACCAGGCACACCAAUAGACCCUAAAGAGCCAGAAGACGACAAGCCGGGCGAUACUCCGGUGUUUAACGAAGAUGACGAUCGGAAAAAAUGGUACGAUGCCGGUAGCUGGAAUGACGAUGUGGAUGCUCACUCGGUAGACCCGGAAGAGCCGGAUUUCAUGUUAUUUGACUCGCAUAUCGACGUUGAAGAGCUCCGGAAGAGACAUGGCGGCAAGCCUAUCGAUAUUGCAGGUGCGGACCCAGGACGCAGCGAUGCUCCUGCGUUUUUGGUGGUUGUCGACAAAGGCAAUGAUAUCGUGGAUGCUUUUUGGUUCUUUUUCUAUAGCUACAACCUUGGCAACACAGUCUUUGACGUGCGUUUUGGUAACCACGUCGGCGAUUGGGAACAUACCAUGGUGCGAUUUUACAAGGGCCAUCCAAAAGCACUGUUUCUUAGUGCUCAUACUGCAGGCGAGGCCUACAGUUAUGAAGCUGUCGAGAAGCAUGGUAAACGGCCUGUUGUUUAUUCUGCCACCGGCACGCAUGCCAUGUAUGCCACACCUGGAAUUCACGAAUAUGUCCUUCCAUGGGGUCUACUUAAAGAUCAAACCGACCGGGGCCCGCUGUGGGACCCACUGCUCAAUUCGCACUACUACACAUACGACUAUCUGACUGAUGCUCUGCGUGCCUCUAAUCUCAAUCCCUCUGCACCGACUGAAUGGUUCUUCUUCAAUGGCCACUGGGGCGACAAGUUCUACCCACUUGGUGACCCGCGUCAAUACCGCUUUGCAGGGCAAUACCACUACGUCAAUGGUCCCUUGGGUCCAAGAUUCAAACACCUCGGUCGACGCAAAGUAUGUCAAGGACGCUAUACCAGUAGCUGCGUGAUCCGCAACUUUGUCCAAGAAGAGAAACGCUCCAAGCGUUGGGUUGGUGUCGGCGUCGGCGAAGAGCCCGAAGACGAGGAGCUGAGUUCCAUCAUGGGUCGUCGUACAGAUUGGUUGAUGAUGAACGGGAUUAGUCCGGACAUGCAAUCAGAUGGUACGGAGUUUAGGUAG